AUGAACAAGUUCUUGUUGGCCGCCGUGGUUGUGGUAGCAUCCCUCCUCGCAGCUGAGGCUUUGACAUGUAAGAAGUGUACUGUAGGAGUCCUGGGAAGAUGCAUCAUCGGCAGCACCGAGACAUGCACUGGAAAUGACAACAACUGCUACACGGGAAAAGCAGAGUUCAACAUCACUGGAGCCCUGAGCUUCUACAGUCAGGGGUGCAUCGCCUCCUCCUCCUGCAACGGCACCAGCGGAACAGUCCUGGGCGUCGGCUACACCGUCACGCGCACCUGCUGUAACACAGACCAGUGUAACGGAGCGAGCUCCAUCCAGCUCCCCGUAACCGCUGCGCUCGGUGCCGCCCUGCUGGCCUCUGUUUGGGGAAGCUACUUGUAA